AAAUCAAAAUCUAGCGUACGUAAUUUUUUCAUAAAACGCGCCAAACCUGGUUCCCAGACUGUAAACUCCGGCAGUCUCCAAAACCCACCAGCCACCACCGCCAUCGCUGACGAUGGGGAAGCAGAAGCAACAAUCCAUUUCCCGCUUUUUCGCGCCAAAGUCAAACCCAUCCGGCAUUUCUUCGGCGUCAGCCUCUCCUCCUCAAUCGCUAACCGCUCGCGCGAAUCCACCUUCGCCGGCCCCGAAAAUUGCGGCCACCGUGAGUUUCUCUCCAUCUAAACGUCUCAGAUCGUCGCAGCUCGCGUCUCCUCAGCCCAAACCCUCCAAAUUUCCGAAACUUUCGUCCUCACCCGAUGAACCCGCCCAAAACCCUAACCCGAUUUCCCCUCAGUCCAACCCUACUCUUCACAAGAGAUUCCUGGAGAGAUUCCUAGAACCCAGUCAAGAACUGUUAGAGCCUUCCAAAAGAACUCAACUUUCCAACUCCAAGUACACCCCACUAGAGCAACAAGUGGUGGAGCUCAAGGCCAAGUACCCGGAUGUUCUUCUGAUGAUUGAGGUUGGAUAUAAGUAUAGGUUUUUCGGCGCGGAUGCAGAGAAUGCCGCUAGAGUUUUGGGUAUUUAUGCUCACAUGGAUCACAAUUUCUUGACUGCCAGUGUGCCCACUGUUCGCCUGAAUGUCCAUGUGAGGAGGCUUGUGAAGGCAGGGUACAAAGUGGGUGUGGUCAAGCAGACUGAGAGUGCUGCUAUUAAGUCUCACGGGUCAAACAAGUUGGGCCCUUUUUGCAGGGGAUUAUCAGCAUUGUACACAAAAGCAACUUUGGAAGCAGCCGAGGAUUUGGGAGGCGGAGAAGAGGGGUGCAUGUCUUGUAACAACUAUUUGGUUUGCGUUGUCGAGAAGGGGAUUGAGAAUGUGGAUUGUGGGAUUGAGGGUGGAGUUGAUGUUAAAAUUGGCUUUGUAGGUGUAGAAGUUUCCACAGGUGAUGUUGUGUAUGGGGAGUUCAAUGAUAAUUUUAUGAGGGCAGGGUUGGAAGCUAUGAUUUUGAACUUGUCUCCAUCUGAAUUGCUUCUUGGGAGGCCAUUAUCUAAACAGACUGAGAAGCUGUUACUGGCAUAUGCCGGACCAACCUCAAAUGUUAGGGUGGAAGAUGUCUCAAUAGAUUGCUUCAGGGACAGUGGUGCCCGAGCCGAAGUAUUAUCCCUUUAUGAGAAGAUGAAUGAAAACAACUCAAUAGAUGUCAUUGAAGAAGAUGCAUCAACUGAAAGACAAUGCCGCAAUCAAUUCACAGUUAAGGGAAUUAUGGACAUGCCUGAUUUAGCUAUCCUAUCAUUAGCAUUGACUAUUCAUCAUCUUAAACAAUUUGGAUUAGAAAGGAUUAUCUGCCUGGGUGCUUCAUUCCAUACUUUCACCAGCAAAAUGGAGAUGACUCUUUCAGCCAAUGCACUACAACAGUUGGAGGUUCUGAAGAAUAAUUCUGAUGGAUCCGAAGCUGGCUCAUUGCUACAGUGUAUGAAUCACACUCUCACAAUAUUUGGCUCAAGGCUACUCAGACAUUGGGUGACUCAUCCUUUAUGUGACAGAAACAUGAUAAAUGCUCGUCUUGCUGCAGUAUCUGAGAUUGCAGACUCUAUUAAAUCUUACAAACCUUCUCAUGAAUCUGAAGUAGAUGAAAAUGGUGUUUGCGUCAUUGUUGUGCAGCCAGAGAUUCACCAUUUACUCACUUCAGUUUUAUCUGCUUUAGGGAGAUUGCCUGACAUUCAACGUGGGAUAACAAGAAUCUUUCAUAGAACAGCCUCAUCGUCUGAGUUUAUUGCAGUUAUUCAAGCUAUAUUAGUUGCUGGCAAACAACUUCAGAGAAUCCAUAUAGAAGGGGAUAACAAUAGUAUUGGUAGAAGCACGGUUCGCUCUUCAUUGUUACAGAAGUUGAUAUCAACUGCCUCCUCAUCCAGUGUCAUGCACACGGCUACUAUGCUUUUGUCAACUUUAAACAAGGAAGCUGCUGAUCAGAAGGAUCUUCACAAUCUCUUUAUCAUUUCUGAUGGGAAAUUCCCAGAGGUAGCUGAAGCACAAAGAAGUGUUCGCUCCGCAAAUGAGAAGUUAGAUUCAUUGAUUGGUCUAUAUAAAAAACAGCUCAAAAUUCGUAAUUUGGAAUACACAACUGUAUCCGGAGUGACACAUUUAAUAGAGUUGCCUCUCGAUGUUAAGGUUCCCCUUAAUUGGAUGAAGGUUAAUAGUAUUAAGAAAGCAAUACGAUAUCAUCCACCAGAAGUAAUAACUGUCUUAGACCAGUUAUCAUUGGCAAAGGAGGAGCUAACCGUUGUUUGCCGAUCUGCAUGGAAUGAAUUCUUGAAAUCAUUUGAUGGAUACUAUGGUGAAUUUCAAGCAAGUGUUCAAGCUCUAGCUUCAUUAGAUUGUCUAAACGCACUUGCCAUUCUCUCAAGAAAUAAGAAUUAUACACGUCCCGUUUUUGCUUAUGAUGAUGAAGCUGUUCAGAUACAUAUCACCAAUGGUCGUCAUCCGGUUUUGGAGACUGUUUUACUAGAUAAUUUCGUCCCAAACGAUACAAAAUUGCACGUCGAAAGUGAGUACUGUCAAAUUGUAACUGGACCAAAUAUGGGCGGAAAGAGCUGUUAUAUUCGUCAGGUUGCUCUUAUCGCUAUCAUGGCUCAGGUUGGUUCAUAUGUACCCGCAUCAUUGGCAAAGCUCCAUGUUCUGGAUGGGAUCUACACUCGUUUGGGUGCAUCCGAUAGUAUCCAACGAGGAAGAAGCACAUUCCUAGAAGAGCUGAGUGAGACAUCUCAGAUUUUAAAGAAAUGCACGGCUAACUCACUGGUCAUAAUUGAUGAGCUUGGGAGAGGCACAAGCACGCACGAUGGGGUUGCAAUUGCAUAUGCAACGUUGCAACAUCUUCUGAAACGCAAGAAGUGUCCGGUCCUCUUUGUCACCCACUACCCCAAGAUUGCUGACAUCAAGAAUGAGUUUCCGGGGAGUGUUGGGAUCUAUCAUGUGUCUUACUUGACAUCUAAAAGUGAUUCAAACCAUGAUGAAAUGAAUGAUGAAAACAUCACCUAUCUCUACAAACUUGUUCCUGGCAUCUCAGAGAGAAGCUUUGGGUUUAAGGUUGCUCAGCUCGCACAGCUUCCAGCUUCAUGCAUUCGGCGAGGGAUUUUCAUGGCCGAAAGAUUAGAAGCAGCGGUACAUAAGAGAGAGCAGAGAUUGUUGCUCCAAGAUUGCCAGAAAGAAGAUGAGAAGAUGGUGUUGGAGGAAUUUGGGAAUGGGUUGAAGGAUUUCAUUGUGAUAAUAAACUCAACACUAGUUGAAGAGGAAGAUGAUGAUAAUGAGGGAAGGAUCUUCCAGUUGCUUAUGCAUGCUAAAAGCCUUGCUGUUGAAUUGUUAAAAAACAUAUAGAUAGAGUUUGGAGGGGAUGCUUUAAUUUAAUUAGUUUUUUUUUUCCUUCCCUCAUUUCUGUGCUGUUGUAAUGCUAUGUAUGUUGUUAUGUAAGAAUGGAGAAAUUGAUCAACUGUGGGUUCCCAUGACAUUAGAACUCCAUGUCAUGGGAUGACCCGGGACGCUCCGGUGUCCCGUUCGUAAAAUUGACGGUUCUUACCUCCUGG